AUGAAACAUUCAUCCGUUGAAUUAAAUGAUUUUCCUGAUGAGAUUCUUAUGAUUAUUUUGAAAAAGUUGUCCAAUGUUCAAGUAUUGUACUCUCUAAUAGGUGUUAACAAACGACUUCAUGCAAUUGUACAUGAUCCAAUUUUUACAAAUUGCUUAACAUUGAUGAACUAUGUCUCAGUUGAUUCCACCGAUCCAUUAUCUGGUCCAGUACUUGUUCAAUUUUGUUUACAAAUUUUACCGUCGAUUCAUCAUAAAAUCAAAUGGCUUAAUCUUGAAUCAUCAUCUAUGAAACGGAUUCUUCUUGCUACAAAUUAUCCGAAUUUAUAUGGACUUGGUUUAUAUGAUAUUGAGAUAGAAACAGCUCUGUCUUUCUUUAUUGACGAAUCUUGUUUAACUUCUAUAGAUAAAAAUCAAAUCUUAGAGCUUGUUGUCAAACAUACUACAUAUGGAGAAAAAAACUUACCUAUACCUAAUAUAAGAUGUUUUUCACUAUACUGUGAAUCGAUGACAAAUGUUUAUGAUGAAUUAAUUGUACCAUAUCUACAACGAAUGUCGAAUUUAGAAAAACUCUCUUUGAAUCUUGGUAUUUGUGGCAAAAAUACAUUUGUUGAUGGAAAUGAAUUGAAGCAGAAUAUUAUUAACUAUAUGCCACAAUUAAAGAAAUUUCAAUUUUAUAUUUGCUCAGAUCUUUAUCUUUCUAAUCAAAUUUAUCUACCAUCAAAAGAAGAUAUUCAACAUACAUUCAAAGAUUUUAAAGAUGAUCAAGUUAUUUCUUAUAUUGAUUAUUUCCAAAAAGAACAAUAUAGUUUAUGUCAUAUCUAUUCAUAUUCGUUCAAAUUAAAAUAUUACCAUACUAUAACAAAUAAUUUUCCAGGUGGAUUAUUUAAAUAUGUUCAUGAACUAUUAUUUUAUGAUGAACGUCCUUUUGAACAUGAAUUUUUUCUUCAAAGUGCUCAAUGGUUUCCAUUUAUUAAACAUUUGUCUAUAAAAAAUUCGAAACCACAAAAUAACAAAUUAUGUAAAGAAUCAAAGAAUGGCAAUCAAGAUUUUUCGAUCAUUAAAUUUCCUCAUCUUAUUAGUCUUACUCUUUAUCUAGCUCAUGAUGAUUAUAUUGAAGAAUUUCUAAUUGAUACGAGAACAUGUUUACCGAAUAAUGCUGUUCAUCUUAACAUUUUUUACCACCAAUUGAAAAGGGUGACGCAUCAUUUUACAAGAGAUACAACACGAAUCAAUUGUGCAAAGCUGAAUUCUUUAUGUUUUGGUGGUCGUCGACUUCCUAAAUAUGCAAAAGACUAUUUUCCACAUGUAUAA